AUGCCUGCGCCUCGCGCCGUCGAUUCGCCGCCUCGCCAUUCGACGAUCCUCACCUUCCGCUGCCGCCAGAGCCGCUCCGCCGCCCGCGAACCCUCCGCGCGCUCACCGCGCUCCCCUUCCGCUCAUUCACCCCCCGCGCGCUCCCCCCGUCGUGGCCGCGUCGGGGCUUCCACCCUUCCGCGGGCUCGGCGCGCAGCAUGGCUGGCAGCUGUCGCAGUCGCCGUCGCCGUCGUCGCAAUGGUGUCGCCUGCGACUGCUGGGCGACCCAACGUGCUCGAUAACUUCCUCCCGCCUUGUCCCACCCUCGCCGAACCUACCACGCACAAGAAGUGGAGCGACCUGGCCACGUGGGCCCCCGGCCCCAUCCCCGGCCAGGGCGACGCCAUCGGAGCCAACGUCACCAUCGCGUGCGGGGAGGCCAUUCUCCUCGACACCUCCCCCAUCGCCCUCACUCUCCUCAACAUCCGCGGGUUUCUCCGCGUGCUCGACUCCCCCGCACUCCCUAAAAUCGACCUGUCCGCGGCGUUCAUAGUGGUGCAGGGGAACUUCUCCAUCGGCACGCCGCAGCAGCACUACAGGCAGAGGAUCAAGAUCACUCUCACGCCUAAUCCCAAUAACAGGGCGGACUAUCUGUUCACGGAGAACCUUCCCGCGGAGCCUGCGUUCCCGCGGAACCUUGGCCACAAGGCGUUUGCCGUGGUGGGCGGCCAGGUGGAUUUCCACGGCAUGCCAGGUGGCAGCAGCACGCCCGCGUGGACGAAGCUGACGGCGACAGCUCAGCAGAACGACCUGGUGAUUACAGUGCAGGAUGACGUCAGCGCAUGGCCUCAGGACGCCUUCGUUGUUGUCACAUCCACCGACUACUUUCCGGACCAGGCGGAGGUGGUGGGGAUCAUCGAUGUGGUGGCCCUCCCCUCCGGUGGCUCGAAAAUCUUCCUGGAAAAGCCGCUCCGCCUGAUGCACUUCGGAGAUCCCAAGGGUGUGCCGGACGGCUACGGGGGCUUCGUGGACCAACGGGCCGAAGUGGCCCUCCUCGACCGCACCAUCGCCAUCACGGGAACAGACGAGCCGGUGCCGUACCACCGGGAGGGCGGGCACUUCAUGAUCUUCAUGAGCGGCACGCCACAGUUCAUAGAAGGGGUGGAGUUUGCCCAGAUGGGGCAGCAGGGCAAGCUGGGGCGGUAUAACAUUCACUUUCACGUGUGUGGGGAUGACGGGGGCGCAGCGUGGUGCGGAAGAACAUCAUGCAUGACAGCAAGCAGCGCUGUGUGGUGGUGCACACGACCUUCAAUCUCACGGUCGAAGAAAAUGUGGCGUACCACACGAGGGGGCACUGCUUCAUGGUGGAGGAGGGGGGCGAGACCGACAACACCUUCCUGCGCAACCUCGGCAUCUGGACUCGUGCAGUGGAGGUGCUCAUCCCGCUGUCAGCAGCCGACCCCACCAAGACGGAGGAGACGGACGACGCCCCGUCCACGUUUUGGAUCACCAACCCCAACAACAACUUCAUUGGGAACGUCGCUGCUGGCUCUGAGAACUCGGG